UACAAAGAAAAAGAUAAGGUCUCCACCACAAAAACAAAAUCAACAUCCAAUACCCAAACUCUUGUUUCGAGUUUCAUUAAGCAGCAACUAAAAUGGCUUCCCUGCAACAUUCGUCCUCUAUUCAUCAUCGCACCAUGUUUCUCAAUUCCCUCCCUCACCCUGAGUUUGGACUGCAAAAGCAUGGGGUUUUGCCUGUCUUUCGAAGAGGCUUUUCGUUUCUUGUUCGGGCUGAACAUGCAUCUUUGGCUUCCUCUUCCAUUUCUCAAGAUAAAUGUGGGAGACGCCAAAUGAUUGCUGUUGGAGUCAUUGCUCCUUGGGUUUCUCUUGUUAACCAAACUCCGGCAUCAUUUGCUGCAGAAAGUAAAAAGGGAUUUCUAUCAGUCACAGAUAAGAAGGAUGGAUACUCAUUUCUCUAUCCAUUCGGAUGGCAGGAAGUAGUUGUUGAAGGUCAAGACAAGGUAUUCAAAGAUGUCAUUGAACCACUGGAAAGUGUCAGUGUAAAUAUGAUUCCAACCGCCAAACAGGAUAUUCGAGAUUUUGGUUCCCCCCAAGAGGUUGCACAAAUUUUAAUCAAAAAGUUUUUGGCCCCUCCUAACCAGAAAACAAAGAUAGUUACAGCUUCAGAGAAUGAUGUUGAUGGAAAAGCUUAUUACACAUUUGAGUUCGUAGCUCAGGCUCCUAACUACACCCGCCAUGCACUUGGUGCAGUAUCUGUUGGCAAUGGUAGGUUCUACACUUUGACGACGGGGGCCAACGAGAGAAGGUGGGACAAGAUGAAAGAUAGAUUGCAAACAGUGGUGGAAUCCUUCAAAAUUUUCAAUGUUUGAUGUGGUUAUUCUAAAUUUGCUUA